CCCCCCCCCCGCGCCCUGUCCCGCGGCCCAAGCGCCCCUCGCCACCGGCGCUCGGCCCGGCCCCGCGUCCGGCUCACCCGCGCCGCGAAAGCGGCCGCAGCAAGGGGGAAGGAACCGCUCGCCGCGCAGCUGCCCCCUCGGGCCCCCUCCCCGCCGCCGCGGGCAGCUCCCACCGACAAUGUCGCGGCCGCUCCCGCUGAACCCCCCGUUCCUGCCGCCCACCUACGGCGUGCUGAAGUCCCUGCUGGAAAAUCCGCUCAAGCUGCCGCUCGCUCACGAAGACGCAUUCGGUAAAGAAAAAGACAAAGAGAAGAAAUUAGAUGAUGACAGCACCGGUACCACAGUCCCUCAGUCAGCUUUCUUGGGUCCAACAUUAUGGGACAAGACACUGCCAUACGAUGGAGACACUUUCCAGUUGGAAUACAUGGACCUGGAAGAAUUCCUCUCAGAAAAUGGCAUUCCACCCAGCCCAAACCAGCACGAGCCUAGCCCACACCAGUCAGGUCUCCAGCAAGCUACCUCAGCAUCACCUUCUGUCAUGGACCUCAGCAGCAGGGCUUCUACUUCAGUCCAUCCAGGCAUGGUGUCGCAGAACUGCAUGCAGAGCCCGGUCAGACCAGGUCAGAUCUUGCCAGCAAACCGGAACACACCGAGCCCCAUUGAUCCUGAGACUAUCCAGGUUCCUGUUGGCUACGAGCCCGACCCUGCAGAUCUUGCUCUGUCCAGCAUUCCUGGCCAGGAGAUGUUCGACCCUCGCAAGCGCAAGUUCUCCGAAGAAGAGCUGAAACCCCAGCCCAUGAUUAAGAAAGCUCGCAAAGUCUUCAUCCCAGAUGACCUGAAGGACGACAAGUACUGGGCGCGGCGCAGAAAGAACAACAUGGCAGCGAAGCGCUCGCGGGACGCGCGGCGGCUGAAGGAGAACCAGAUCGCCAUCCGCGCCUCCUUCCUGGAGAAGGAGAACUCGGCGCUGCGCCAGGAGGUGGCCGACCUGCGCAAGGAGCUGGGCAAGUGCAAGAACGUCCUGGCCAAGUACGAGGCUCGGCAUGGCCCCCUGUAAAUCCCAGCCGGGGGUAGUGGGCUGGUUUAUUUUAUUUUCUUUUUUCUUUUCUUUUUUUCUUUUUUUUUUUUUUGUCGCGGGUUGGCAUUUGACUAGAUGGACAAUGUGUUUCCUGUUUGAUAGCACCACACCCAAACCAACCUUUCUGUCUUCAGCACUUUACCAGAAGCAGAAACAAAACUGACCUAGCGUUGGUUUUUGUUGUUGUUGUUGUUUUUUUUUCUCUUUUUGUUUGCGUGUGCGUGUCCCUGCGUGUGUGUUCACACGUGCGUGCCCAGGUCUGUGUCUGUGGGUGUGCAUGUGCGUGGGUGUGGGUGUGCGUGGGCAUCUCAGCACUUCCCAUUUUUAUCAGCCCUCUUCAAAGGGUGCCACAUUUUUACCUGGACUGUUGACAACCGCCAUAGUAAGCUUUUUAUUUUUUUUUUAUUUUUUUUUUUCUUCUUCAGUGCUGCUUCAGAGUAGGGGUUUUAUGUUCUUGUAGUAAGUUCCAUCCUCCUGAUUUACUUGGAAAGAUCACAGCAUAAAUUACAAAAAAAAAAAGGAAAAAAAAAAGAAAAAAGAAAAAAAAGGUAGAUCUCAGUUUUUUUCGAGAGUAACAAGCUAUCGUUUUAAGUCUGUCUAAUCAGAAAAGUUAACAUGCUAAUAAAGUGCACAAAUAGUAAUUUAGUACUACACUGCAGAACUAUUAAUUUAUAGAUCGCUUUUGUUGUAUUUUUAAGUUUUGGUGAUAAUUGUCUUCAGAUUUACAAGUGCUGUUAGACUGAGUUUAGCUGUACUCAUGGUAGAUCCCAUAAUGGCUUCUCUGUAGCUACUAAGGUUCCUUUUCUCUCCACGGAGCCCAGGUAGGUAGGUAGGAGUUGUUGGUAGAGCACAGUGUGCACCUUGCACUGCCUGCACCUGAAGCAAUAAUCCUGCGUGCAUGCUGCCCAGGUGUUCCCAGUGGGCGUGGGAUGGUUCCCUGCCCAACAGGAGUCUCGAUGUCUUUAACAGGGAGUUCCAAAAACACGUUCCCAUGAGCAUGCUGGCUGUGUCCCUGCUGUGGGGGAGCGCAUGUGUAAGGAGCAGGAUCAUUAGUUAAAAACGAGAACAAAAUUAAAUAGUGUCAAAUCAGAUCUGAUGUUGAAAUCAGAGGGGCUUUUCUGUUUUCAGUUAGUUACUCCAUUUUGUGAUUAAAAGUUGAAUAAAUACCUAAAUUCAGUUGUUUUUUCCCCCAUGUUUUGUAAUAUAUUU